CGCUUCUUGGCGCCAAAUUUGCAAAGCUGAUGGCAGGUCUUGCUCCUACAUUUACUAGUAGUAACUAGGUAACUAGUUUAGCAUGACACACUUUUCUUGAUAAUAUUUCUUACAUUGUGAAGCUUCGCAGUUGACACCACCAGGGAACGAAUUAAACGACUACUACUACAAGGCGUUAUUCAGGAUGAAUUGUGAGCUUCUGGCAACAUGCAGUGCUCUUGGGUACCUGGAGGGGGACACGUAUCACAAAGAAGCUGAUUGCUUAGAGAGUGUGAAAGACUUGAUCAGGUACUUGCGUUAUGAAGAUGACACCCGUGAUGUCAGGCAGCAGCUGGGUGAAGGCCACAUCGUAGAACAUGACCUUCUGCCUAUUAUCAUUCAACAUGGGCAUGACAAGGCCUUGUUUGAUGCCUGCAUACGGCUAAUGGUCAAUCUAACGCAACCUGCUAUGCUCUGCUUUGGGAAGGUUCCUGACGACGCCGUGUUUAGACACCACUUUUUGCAAGUGACCUCUCAUUUACAAGCCUACAAAGAGGCAUUUGCUACUGAGAAGGUGUUUGGCAUUUUAAGCGAGACAUUGUACAAUCUAUUACAAAUGGAAUGGGAGCAGAGGCAGGAAGAAGACAACCUUCUGAUUGAGCGAAUUCUACUGCUGGUUCGGAAUGUGCUUCAUGUACCCGCAGACCCUUUGGAAGAGAAGAAAGUCGAUGAUGAUGCCAGCGUGCACGACAGGCUGCUCUGGGCCAUUCACAUGAGCGGUUUCGAUGACCUGGUCAAGUUCUUGGCGUCGGCCCAGAGUGAGCAGCAGUGGAGUAUGCAUGUGUUGGAAAUCAUCUCCCUCAUGUUCAGAGACCAGACGCCGGACACCUUGGUGAGUGCAGGGCACGCUCGCUCGGCCGAGGAGAAGCAGAGAGACAUUUCGGAGCUGGAGGGGCUGAGGCAGAAGGAACAGGCAGAGAAACGUUCUCGCACACUGCAAAGAGGAAGCAGACAUUCACACUUCGGAGGGUCUUUUGUUGUGAAAGGACUCAAAGCAAUCGGAGACAAUGAUAUGAUUUAUCACAGAAAUGUCAACAAAUUCAAAAACUACACUCACGACAUGGGUAAAGCCGUGCGGCGCGUUCCCAGGCGCAAUCAACAGGCCCGCGAAUGCAUGGACAAACGGCGAUCGGCUCUAAAUGUUCGACUCUUCCUGCGAGAGUUUUGUGUGGAUUUCUUAGAGAACUGCUACAAUCGCCUCAUGUACAUUGUCAAGGAAAACCUGAUCCGGGAGCAAUCUCAGGAGCACGAUGAGACCUACUACCUGUGGGCGCUCAGCUUCUUCAUGGCCUUCAACCGUGGCAACGAUUUCCGAGCUGAUUUAGUUUCCGAAACAAUGUCCACCCGGACUUUCCAUUUUAUCGAGACCAACAUCACCAAUUACUAUGAAAUGAUUUUGGCUGACCGCAAAGAGGCCACGUCCUGGUCACGAAGGAUGCACCUGGCGUUGAAGGCAUAUCAGGAGCUGCUGAUGACUGUGAACGAAAUGGACCGAUCUGAGGACGAAAGCAUCCGCCACAGCUCCAAUGUUAUCAAAAGUAACAUUUUCUACCUAAUGGAAUACAGGGAGAUAUUCCUGACUCUGCUGAGAAAGUAUGACGGAACCAAACAGCCACAGUCCUACCUUAAAGAUUUGGUGGAGUCAACGCAUCUCUUCCUACGUAUGUUGGAGCGCUUCUGCAAAGGUCGUAGGAGCUUGGUUGUGCAAAAAAAGCGAGUGAAGCGAAAAAAGUCCAAAAAAGACAAAAAACAGCCCGAUGUAGAAAGGACCCCAGAAGCUCUGGCGGAUACUUGGAAGGUUGUGGAGGAACAACUAAAGGGUGUAAAUUUUCAGCUGUCAGAAUCUUUAACUGAGCGCAUCGUGCCUUUCGACGCCACAUCGGAAACUCCUCUGGAGGAGCAACGGACUGAGGCUAUGGUGCGGGUGCAGGAUGCUUUGCAAGCUCAAUUGGGACCAGAAUCUUUAGCGCUGCUGAGAGCUGCCAGGGAAGUAUGGCCCGAGGGAGACGUGUUUGGCUCGAGCGAUGUGGACCCUGAAGAAGAACUUGAACUCCUCAAGCAGAUCUUGCAUGCAGAGUUGCCAAGGUCGGCCCCUCCUCCUGAGACUCAAAUGGAAGAGGAUGACGAGGACGAUGGUGCGGAUCUAGAAGAAGACGAAGAGUUGGAGGCAGUCCAGGUUUCGGAAACUGAGUUCAAAUUUCUGGACUUUGUCAAGAAGUUUGCCAACACCAACAUUGUGCGGCCAUACCUGCAUUUACUGAAAUCCUACUCCCAAAACACACCUCACACAAACCACUGCAUUGUUCGAAUGCUUCACCGUGUGGCAUUUGAUCUCAAAAUGGACGCUUUGCUAUAUCAGCUGUCAGUCUUCCAUCUCUUCAAUAAGAUCCUGAGUGACCCAGCAGCCUCUGCUUACAAGGAGCUGGUCACCUUUGCCAAGUAUGUGCUGAAUCGGUUCUUUUCGCUGGCAGCCACCAACAACAAGGCCUACAUUGAGCUGCUGUUCUGGAAAAACGUCGGCGCUGUGCGCGAGAUGACUGAAGGCUACAGCAAAGAUGGAGCGGAAAAGAUGCCAGCUUGGACUGAAGAGGAAAAGGAGGAAUUGCGUAAUCUUUAUGAAGAGCACCGGCACUCUGAAGAUCCAGACAUUGUGGAGACUCUGCUGCCGUUACUAAGCAACAGUACACGCACACGGAAGCAGGUUGUGAUUCAGAUGGUACGCCUGGGUCUGGUGGACAGCGCUAAAGAGCUGAAGCAACCCAAGAAAGGUACCGGGAUUGUUCUUUGGACUGAAGACCAGGAAGUAGAACUUCAGAUGCUCUAUGAAGAAUACAAAGACUCUGAUGAUGUUCUCGGCAACAUUUUUAAGAAGCUCACAGCCAAGCGCUCUCGUGCACGUGUGGUGGACAAGCUCCUCAGUCUGGGCCUGGUGUCAGAAAGGCGAGAACUUUAUAAGAAGAGAAGUCGAAGUGCUCGUCCAAAAAGUUCCGGCACACAAAUGAGUGAAGAGGAUUUCCUGGCUGAACUCACGCAGAAUUUACCAGAUGAUCCUCAAGAACAAGAUGAGGAUGAGUCCGAAGAGAGUGAGGAAGAAGAUGAGCCAGAAAUGCAAGAAAGACAGAAUGGUGGCAGCAGUAGGAGUCAAAGCGUUGCGUCGAAAGUGGAAAGGCGAGCUGAUGUUGGCGCCAUAGUUACGAGGCUGCGUGACGAAGGCAUGUCCGAAGCCCUUGCGUGGUUACAACGUUGUCUGGACCGAGCAGCUAAGGGCAGAGAAGAUGAUGGUUUUUCCCAGGCUACUCCUCUUGUCCCUCUCACUGAGGCAUGUGAAGACGCCAUGGAGGACAAGACCUUCCACAAGCUGCUGCGCAAACUGGGGAUGCGUCCGCCUGCAAAUGAACAGGAGACAUUUUGGAGAAUCCCUGAAAAGAUCAGCCCAUCUCAGCUCCAUAGUGCAGCUGCAUCUCUCAGUCCAAAUCACGAUGAAUGUCAAAGUGAGGAGGUCCUCGCGGAAGACGACGGCCCGCCUGAAGAACCUCGGGAGGAGAAAAAGGAGGUCUCGGGUUCACAACGAGCAGAUGCUUUGCGAGCCCUGUUGAGUGCACGCAAGAGGAAACAACCCUCCAGCAAAGAUGAAGCCCCUGAUAUGGAUUUAGCUUCUACUGAAGAUGCAGACAGUUCGUUUGAGAGGCCCAAAGAGAAGACAACUAAAAGAAGCAGAGUGUUGGAUGAGGACGAGGAGGAGGAGGAGCAGGAUGACAGUUCCAUUUCUGUAAUGGAUAUGAAUAGAAAUGCUGACGCAGAUUCAGACGAGGAAGAUAUUUCUGCACCAGUGAAGCGUCGGCGGAAGAUGGUCAUAAUUGAUGAAGAUGACGAAGAUUAGUUGGAGUCAAUACAGUGAAAAUAACAACCCAAUGAAAAUGUUGCUUCUGAUUGCCCUGGCACAAAUCGGCUCUGAUUAUUUGUAUUUCCAAAUAAAGUUCUGUGUUUAGAAAAGAAAUUGCACAA